GAACAAAUGUGUGAAGUUGAGAAACUCGACCCUACAGUACAAAAUACAAGGUACUAAGUCAUCGAGGUCACGCAUCUGUCGGGUCUCUCUCUUCCUCUCAGUCUUCACUUCUAAUCACCUCGUCACAUCCGUCUCUCCGACAUUGUGUCUUUUUCUUCUUGCCCUGAGUUCUCUCCUUUUCCCUGCGUUGAUCAUUGUCAAUCGCUCGCUGUUGUCACUACUUCUCUUCUCUAGAGUAACCACCUAUCCACCACCAUUGGCGUUGUGCUCCGCAGCCUUUAGCAAUCCAACCCCACUCUUCGCAAGUAGGAGACCUAUCUGGGGCUAUCUGACCGCCUUGGGCUAUCGCUGGUGCGGAAUUCGCAGGCGAGGUAGAAAGAAGUGUUUGAGCAGUACUCUCUCGACACCUCCUUGCACCAGUGACCCUCGAAAAGUCUCUUCGACAUCGACGAGUCCUUGAUCCUCUCAUCACCUUGUGCGCGCGCGGCGACUCCUACACCGCAUUUCGAUCCACAUUCCAGAAAACGGUAGCGAACAAAGGGUGAAGCACAAAGAAAGCCAAUCCUCCCUCGGUAAUUCUCGAACCUCGCACCACGCAACAACCUCUGUCGACGCCCCCUUCUCGCAGGAAUUGUGAUUGUUUUGUUUGGAUAGUGAGAGUAUUCUGGUCACGAAGAGGAAGAUAUCUUUGAAGUUCGUCUUGAUCGGCAAAACGAGUUAGGAAUAUGGGCCAGCCACAGCAACAGUCCGCGCCGUCGGGGGGUUCCAGAAAGAUUUCUUUUAAUGUCUCUGAUCAGUACGACAUUCAAGAUGUCAUCGGUGAGGGUGCGUAUGGUGUGGUUUGUUCUGCCCUACACAAACCCUCAAAUCAGAAGGUCGCGAUCAAGAAGAUCACCCCUUUUGACCACUCCAUGUUCUGCCUACGUACGUUACGAGAAAUGAAACUGCUACGAUACUUCAACCACGAAAACAUCAUAUCCAUCCUCGAUAUCCAAAAACCACGAAAUUACGAGUCCUUCUCAGAAGUUUAUCUCAUCCAGGAAUUGAUGGAAACUGACAUGCAUCGUGUGAUCCGGACACAAGAUCUCUCUGACGAUCAUUGCCAGUACUUCAUCUACCAAACUCUACGCGCCCUCAAGGCCAUGCAUUCUGCAAAUGUCCUACACCGGGAUCUGAAACCUUCGAAUCUCCUAUUGAACGCGAAUUGCGAUCUGAAAGUCUGUGACUUUGGUCUGGCAAGAUCUGCGGCCUCGACGGACGACAACUCGGGUUUCAUGACGGAAUACGUAGCCACCAGAUGGUAUCGGGCACCAGAAAUCAUGCUCACCUUCAAGGAGUACACAAAGGCGAUUGAUGUCUGGAGUGUUGGAUGUAUUCUCGCCGAGAUGCUGAGUGGAAAGCCAUUGUUCCCAGGAAAAGACUACCAUCAUCAACUGACCUUGAUCUUGGACGUUCUUGGAACUCCCACCAUGGAAGACUACUACGGCAUCAAAUCGAGACGCGCUCGUGAAUACAUCCGUUCCCUGCCGUUCAAGAAGAAGAUUCCACUCAAGGCACUUUUCCCCAAGACGUCAGACCUCGCUCUCGACCUGUUGGAGAAAUUGUUGGCGUUCAACCCGGUCAAGCGCAUCACGGUCGAAGAGGCUCUGAAACAUCCCUACCUAGAGCCAUAUCAUGAUCCAGAUGACGAACCGACCGCCGAGCCCAUCCCUGAGGAGUUCUUCGACUUUGACCGUAACAAAGAUCAGUUGAGCAAGGAAGAGCUCAAGGCUCUGAUUUGGAAUGAGAUUAUGCGGUGAUGGUGAUGACAACGACGACGACGAUGAUGAUUUGGGUCGCCACGGAAAUAGAAAUGUGUUGUCCCGAAAGGAAACAGGACCUGAAAUAAGAGUCGUGAGCAUUUACCACAUGCUUAGAUACUUGGUCAUUUUGGGGGGGGGAAGGGGUUGAUUGGCAUGGAGCGAUACUUGGUUUCAAAGCCGGAGCCAUGGCCAGAGCAAGCGAGAGAAUUGUGUUUUGUUGUUGUCCUGCAUGUACGACGUGACGGACAACGGCCCUUGAAAUUGUGGUGCAGAGCAAGCAGAACAUGCAUGAAUUUUUUGCCAAAGAUUGAGCGAAAUGAUGAAAUCCAAUUCGAGUUUGAAAGAAGAAGAAAAUCCCCGUCCCGAACAAAGCAUGUCCUAGCAAGUGAGUAU